AUGAUAACGUGUCUUUUGUUCUUGUUUCUUCUUCUUCCACAACUAUCAUAUUCCAACUCCCAGCCUUGUUUUUCUUCCUCAUGUGGAAAGAUCACAAACAUAACUCAUCCAUUCAGACUUAAACAAGACCCAGCCCACUGUGGCAACAAUAGAUACGAGCUGGAUUGUGUGAACAACGUUACUGUAUUGAGUUUGUACGAUGGUUAUUUUUUAGUAGAAUCAAUCAAUUACAACAAUUACACUAUCCGAGUUGUUGACCCAAACAUUCAACCCACCCAUUGCUCCUCUCUCCCUCGCUUCUUCUUAUACCGCCACAAUUUCUCUUUUCAAGGUUCAUGGCAGUUUAUUUCCAAAGAAAGUAGUUCAUACCAAUACACCUUAGAUCAAUCGAAUUACGUCUACGAUGAACUAGAUUUAUCUAGCCCUGUAAUUUUCAUGAAGUGUACAAGUCCACCUAGUAAGAUUGUUGAUAAAUAUUAUGCCGACACUUCUUCAUGCUUGGGACAACACACAUACGCUAUUGUUGGGGACCCAACCUAUGAAAUUUUGGAGCCUCAGUGCCGUGUCAAGCUUGUUACCCUCACAUCCUUCUGGGGAACUUCAUUAACGUACCAGCCCGACAGCAAAGAAAGUGUUAUAGGUAACAUUUCCAACAUUGAUAUCCACAACGCACUUAGAUAUGGAUUUGAAAUUUCGUGGAUGAAAGCCUCAUGUCCUUGUGAUUAUUGCUUCUUCAACUACACCAUCAACAACAUUCAAUGUGUCCAACUCACUUGUACUUUUGACUCUUGCGGAUAUUGGGCAGUUAAGGUCGGGCAAAUGUUUGGUUACGUUGCAGGCAUUGUCGAAGGAUUUCGAGAGCUGACAGGCCUGAAAAAGUUAAACAUAUAUAAGCCAAGUAUUAACCCAUAUAGAGCAGGAAUAGUUACAGGAAAGUAUAUUUUGCCAUACCUUGGACUUAGAAUUAUAUUGGGCAUCAUACUUUUUUCUGUGUUGUUGAUCUAUACGUGUCGAAGAAGACACGAAUCAAUAUAUGAAAACAUCGAAGAUUUUCUACAAGCCAUUAAGAUGUUGAAGAUAAAAUCAAAAACUAAUGGGCAAGAUUUCAUAAGUGAAGUUGCAACAUUAGGAAGAAUACACCAUUCAAAUGUGGUAAGACUCAUUGGGUUUUGUGUUGAAGGAUCAAAACGUGGUCUUGUGUAUGAGUUUAUGCCCAAUGGAUCUCUUGAUAAAUAUAUUUUCAACAAAGAGGAAGCUAUAUCUUUGACUUACAACCAAGUAUAUGAAAUAUCUUUGGGAGUGGCACGUGGGAUUUCUUAUCUUCAUCAAGAUUUUGGUCUUGCAAAGCUUUAUCCUAUUGACAAUAGUAUAGGCACUUUGACUGCAGCAAGAGGAACAAUUGGGUAUAUGGCUCCUGAAUUAUUCUACAAAAAUAUCGGAGGAGUAUCAUAUAAGGCUGACGUGUAUAGCUUUGGAAUGCUCUUGAUUGAAAUGACUAGUAGGAGAAGAAAUUUGAAUUCACAUGUGGAGCAUUCAAGUCAACUUUACUUUCCCUUUUGGAUUUAUGAUCAAUUGGUUAAAAAUAGGGAGAGUGAAAUGGAAGAUAUUAUCAUGGAAGAAUUUAAUGAUGUUGUGAAGAAAAUGUUCCUCGUUGCACUUUGGUGUAUACAAUUGAAACCUAUUCAUCGCCCUUCAAUGAAUAGAGUCGUAGAAAUGCUUGAAAAUGUUCUUGAAAAUAUUGAAAUACCUCCAAAACCUAUAUUAUAUCCACAUGAAACUAUUCAUGAGAAUCUUGAUACCACUUCAAUGGAAACUGAAUCAGAUACUAGCUCUACCAGUUAUGUCGAGGAAAUCACAACCACUCCUUUGUUGAAAUUUUCUGCUUCAUGA